CUCGUGACCAAAUAUCGCAUCAGAGCACGAGAGCCAUUGUCCGACAGUGAGUGUUACCCCCGCGUGCAUGAACGUUUUAGCCAUCGGGAGUUUUGCUACAGCGCGAACAACUAUGCUCAAGCUCUGCCAGACUGGAUGGAAUGGAAAGUGCCCGUGAACAUCAAUUUUCAAGUCUUGCCACAAAUGUUUAAAAGGAUCUAGAUCUGGACUUGGACUAGGCCAUCCUUACACAAGAAUAUGCUUUGAUCUAAAGCACUGCAUAGUAGAUGUAUGUUCCAGGUGGUUGUCCUGCUGUGCGUUUGGAGUGACUUUAACCUUCACCGCAAGUGUCUGCCUCAGUCCCUUGGUCUUCAUGAGGAUGUUUGUUCACUAAUGGUCUCUAACAAACGUCUGAAGCCUUCACAGAACAGUUUCAUUUAUAAACAGGCUGACUAUAAUCACUAAUUAGGUGGCCAAAGAAGGCAAUUGGUUACAAAGGAUUUAGUUUGGCCUAUUAGAGGGAAAAAAAAUAUUAUUUUUUUUAUAAUAAUUUCAAUAAUAAAAAAAUAUUAUUUUCAACUGCUUACAAUUGAUUUAUUGCUAUAAACAAAAUAGAACACAGCGUGUCAUUCUAACAACACAUAUUUUCUCAGUUUUCUGUUGUGGUGCAGGUGACCAAUAGGUGGCACUGUAUAUUUUACUGCAAUUUCACUUUAAACUACAUAAAGGGACCCCCCCCCCCCAAAAAAAAAAAACCAACAAAAAAAAAAACAAGAUAUCUCUUGUUGAAACAAGAGAUAUCUUAUUAAUCCAUCUGUUUAGACAGAGCAGGGUUUUAAAAUAAAUAUAAAAACCCUGUAUUAGUUCUUCCACAGGUCCAAAUUCUUCCCUUUACCUUGGAUGCAUGACUGUGAUUAGCCUGUAUUAAGCAAAGGAAAGGCCAGCAGUCUUCUAUUAGUCGUCCUGGAUCCAUUUGUUCAGUUUUAAUUCAGGACUCAGCGGUCAGACAGGGCACCUUUUGUCUGAUAAAGUCGGACACAUAACCAGGAGAAUUACAGGAGAAUUAAAGUCAUGCACAGCCUGUGAAGAGCUGGGGGAUUGUCUCUGGCUCGUCUGCUUCACAAUUCAACCCACAUCAUGAUCCAAGCAGCGAGCUGUUGAAAGCUAUAAGAAGCUCUGUGGUACGCUAUGGAGAGCUGGCAGUGUGUGCUGCUGCUGACUGCAAUAACUUUAAGGCCUUGCUCUGCAGACGGGAGGAAAACUGAUGAUGGCAAUGACCCCGUCAGCUUCCUGAGAAAUAUUUACAGCGGGCUGCUGGUGAGAGCUGAGCCGUUCCUCAGGGACUCUGAGCUUAAAGAGCUGAGGCGCCCACUGGACCUUGCAGUCAUACGGCAAACUAAGGACAAACAGCUCAGUCAGGCUGAUGGACCAGUGGUGUUUACCAAAAACGGACGGAUCAAGGGGGUUACCGUGGAGAAGGCCCAUAUAUUCUACGGGGUACCCUAUGCAGACCCUCCUGUUGGUGCCUAUCGCUGGAAGCCCCCUAGACCUGUGAGCCCUUGGUCUGGGGUUUAUGACGCCUCAUUCCCUCGGGCAGCAUGUAUGCAGGUCUGCAGUGGAUCCACCUCGGCCGAGUGUCCGAAGAAGGUCAGCGAGGACUGCCUCUACCUCAACAUCUUCGUCCCUCUCAGCCUCAACUUCACCUCCCCUCUGUUGCGCCCCCUGCCUGUCAUGGUGUGGAUCCAUGGGGGCGAUUUUAUUGCCGGCUCCGCCUCCAAGCCCAUGUAUGAUGGACGCUUCAUCAGUAACUUUACCCACACUGUUGUUGUGAACCUGGAGUACCGUUUGGGGGCGUUUGGAUUCCUCGUUUCGGGCAAAGAUCCUUUGUCCACUGCUACGGGGAACUAUGGGAUCCUGGACCAGCAGGCAGCUCUCUUCUGGGUGCAGCAGAACAUUGCAACAUUUGGGGGUGACCCCAGCAAGGUAACAAUAUUUGGAGAGAGUGCAGGUGCUCAGUCGGUGGGUCUUCACUUGUUGAUCCAAAGCAGCAAACCUCUGUUCAAACAAGCUGUCCUGCAGAGCCUGCCUUUCUCCAUCCCACUCAAGAGCAGACACGAUGCCCUGAGGCUGGGAAAGGACUUUGCUAAAGAAACCAACUGCUCUGUGAGCGACUUCAUCUGCCUGUUGUCUCUCACUCCGCAGGCCGUCCUGGCAGCACAGAUGAAAACAAGUUCUAAGAUCGUGAACCCGUUCAGGUUCCUGGAGGUUUUUGAGACAUGGGGCCCACACAUUGAUGGGGAGCUCAUUAAAGAGCAGGCUAUCACCGCCUUUCAGAAGGGCGACUGGCAAAAAGAGAAGGCAUUGCUGCUGGGAACAACCUCAGAAGAAGGAGUGCUGUUUGUGUAUGGAGUCUUCAACAAGCCAGUGUCUGUUGUGGAGGGCACCGUGUACAUCGCAGCCAUCUUUAAGCAACACGCUCUGAGGAUCCUACACAAGUACCUGCCUCUCUACAAAGAAGCUGACCGCAGGAAUAUGCUGACCCAGAUUGUUACCGAUUACGUCUUCUUGUGUCCGUCCAGGAGGUCAGCGCGUGCUGGCACGGCCGCAGGCAGUCAGGUAUGGCUGUACACGUUCGACCAUGUCGCCUCAGACCACAGGGUGUGGUCGGGACUCACAUUCUGCUACGAGCAUGUCUGCCACGGUGCCGAACUGCCCUUUCUUUUUGACUCGGCCCCGGUGGCUAACUACUCCCUGUCCCUGUCUGAAAAGCUGCUAUCUAACCGGAUGCUAUGCUACUGGGGGGCCUUCGCGCACACUGGUGACCCUUCCUCGAGGAUUCAGCAGACGGCUUUCUGUCGGGAGCAGCGUCUUCCCGCUUGGCCGCGCUACUCCGACACCAGCGGCUGGCUUGUCAUGAACCUGACGGUGCGGUCGCAUGCGCAAGUCGGAACCAGAAAUCAUAUAUGUGACUUUUGGGACCAGCUAGCCAUCUACUAGGAGAAAAUAGACUGGCCAUGUUGUGCAUUGUGAACAUUUUUAUUGCAAAGCUGUACAUCUUUCAAAACUGCUGAAGAAAACUAGACUUGUCCUAAAAACGAUGUGCAAGGUUUUUCAUCUUUUCUCUUGAACACUUAGGUUGUGAGCGUCACAUGAAUAUGAGAGAAGAACACUUGUUUUACCAUAACCAAUUCAGAGCCAGUUUUGGCAAGGUUGCUGUUCUAAAGUAACACCUUUUCAAUUAAGGGGGACAUUAGCAAUGUACAGUUCCAAAUAGGGCUGGACGAUAAUUCAAAAACAGUAUAUAUCGAUUUAUAGAUGUGUGGCUCAAUACAAAAAAAGGGGUCAAUAAAAAGUUCAAUAGAAGAACAGUUUUUCUUCAUUUUCCAUUCUAGCCCGUCAUGUAGGUUAAUACUAGUUAUUACAACCAAUUACAAAUACAGGCCCAGGAAUGCUCCUUUGCCAAGCUUCAAAGAGUUCAGAGGGCACGUGUUUUUUUAAUUUUUAAAGACUUAUGGUCUGUCUCAUUCCGCCUACUUCUACACUGGGAACACUUAGCUUUAAGUAUAUAGUGUAGAUAACACAAAAAGUCAGUGCACUGAAGGUACCCGGAUGACCCCCUAAAAACGGUCACAAAAUGCAGUGUGUAAUGAUGGACCCUACUCGCACUAAACGGACGGCAUCUUGACUACAAAGCGGAAAGGGAGGGACUAGGGACGUCGGGAAGAUGUUCCCAUUUUGAAAAUAAUGGCGGACAAUUCAGCCGAGACAGCCGGAGCUGCGACACCGCAAUCAUAUAAAUGUAAGUAAUGGUGGUAAUACGAGGCAUUGUACUCUCGUGUAAUGCAUCACUUACAUGUCCCUCACUGACAGAAGCUGAUAUAAUCAUUUGGCGAGUUAAUUACUGAUGUAUUUUCCACAUGCUGUGAGUGUUAACGAUUGGUUAAAGAACGCGUGUGUUUGUAAACAAACGCCGGCAUAUAUUUUUGGUGGGCUGAAAAUUUGCGUUCACGUGUGUUGCGUUCGUCACGUCAUCCCGUCAUUUCCGGUAAGCGUUUUAACAUAAGUUUUCCUUUUGGAACAAUACUAACGAUCGAAAAUGGGCACUACGGCAGUAAGUGGUCAGUGCACAUUAGCAGUGCACUGACGGAAGUAUUCGGAAUGAGACAGACCCUUACAGUUUUGGUAAAAAGUUUGUUGAACAAAGGGUUGUGAAUUCAGUGUUUUUUAUUUAAAAAAAAAGAGACAUUAAGCAGCAGAAUAAAAUUGCCAGGGCUGCACUAAAAAUAUGUUUUUGAAUUUUUUGAUUAUUGAAAUCGGUCAAUAUUUGUAUUUUAUCGAUAUGCUUUAAUUCUAUAUCGCCCAGUCCUAGUUCCAAAUGCUACCCAGUUUCUGCCCCCAAAACCUCUGUGGGCUGGUAGACAGUUAAAGAUAAAGAUUCUUCUUUCAACAUCACAGCGAAUCCAAGCAUGCAACCAAACCAGAAGAAACUUAAAGUUUCUUGGUUCACCUGAAGAGGGUUGUCUCUCACAAUCUGAGAGAU